AGCUACACACCUCCUUGAAGUUCUGAUAUGCCCCCUGAGGGGGAGAUGGCCAACUGCUUAAGACAGAAACAUCUACCAUAAACGUAACAAUAGAAGAACAUUAGAAACCAUGACUUCCAUAAAGGAGCAGGCAGCUAUCAGCAGAUUAAUAAGCUUCCUACAAGAAUGGGACAGCGCUGGCAAAGUUGCUCGAUGCCGCAUUCUAGAAAAUUUCAUCCUAACAAACCAAGGCAAGACCGGUCCAGAAUUGGAAAUGGAAUUUUCUCAGGGUGCCAGUUUGUUUCUGGCCCGCAUAACAGCAUGGCUGAGGCUGACAUAUAUGUAUGGAACAUGCCUAGAGCAACAAUUGAAGUCAAUUGGCAUCUUCUUCUCAGCUGCAAGUGGCCAACGGUACAUUAUUGAAUUCUUGGAAAUUGGUGGUAUUCUUACACUGCUGGAAAUACUUGGUCUCAAGCAAGUGAAAGAGGAGGACAAAAAGGAAUCUAUAAAGCUUCUUCAGUUAGUUGCUAGCUCUGGCAGAAAAUUCAAAGAGCUUAUUUGUGAAAGUUAUGGUGUGCGAUCAAUUGCUGAGUUUUUGGCCACUUCUAAGUCAGAAGAAACUCAAGAGCAAGUGCAGAUUCUACUGGAUUCCUUAGGGCACGGUAACCCAAAAUAUCAAAUGCAGGUGUACAAAGGCCUCAUUGCUCUUCUAAAGUGUGCCUCCCCUAAGGCCCAGCAACUGUCUCUACAAACACUGAGGACAAUACAGAUAAUUGUGGGGAAAGCCCAUCCAAGCAUUGUAGAGUCUGUGCUGAGUGUACUCCGUUCUUUGCAUUUGGAGGUGCAAUACGAAGCAAUUCAACUAAUCAAAGAUCUCAUGGCUUAUGAUGUGCGUCCAGCAGUGCUGAAAGGAUUGGUUACAUUGUUAAAGCCAUCAAGACAAGAGACUGCCAAAAUGCAGGCCAAACUCCUGGAAGAAGCAGGCACAUUACAACUCAUGGAGUCCUUGCCUGCUUAUAUUCAGCAAGCAGCAGCAGCCAAAGCCAUUGGUAUUCUGGCUCAAGAUUCAAUAGAAGUAGCUGAGGAACUGAUCUUCUUGAAUGUAGUACAUGGCCUCAUGUGUGCCAUGGGCAACAAAGAUCAUGCCAACUGCCAGAGACAGGCCAGCAUCACACUAGAGCAUUUUGUACAGAGGUUCAUAGUGGUUGAGAAUUACGUAAAGAGAGCCAUGGGAGAAAAAUUGUUCCAGCUAUUCAUGCAAGAUGCUACAAAUUUGUACUUGAACAUGGAUGCUGUGCAGGCUGAUAUCCUGGCUACCAAUAUAGUUAAUAUUCCAGCAGAUUUUUUGGCUAAAGCAGAAGAGGGACUCACAGAAACAGAAUCAAACCCUGAAGAAGAACUACAAAGUGAAGAUAAUAUAUCUCGUCAAGAAGCAACCUCCUGACACCCAGCUCAAGUACUGGACUCUGCUAUCCAUUUUCAUUUUCUUCCUAUUUUCCCAUUAGUAUUUUAUGCUUACUUCCUACUCUUUUCUAGGUAUUCGAUCUAUCCCAAUAAGAAACAGAUGGAGGUCUAUAGCUGCAACACACAAUAUAUUCAUCACCUGAGAGUCCUAUAGUCUCAUUCCCCAUCGUCCUUCAAUAAGAAAUGUAUCAAAUUACACACGCACACACGUCCUUUGCAAUAUAGGCAGUCAGCUUUUCCAACACCAGUCCCAGCCUUAUUUAUCUACAUCAUGGGAAGAUAUAUUUUUAAAAACCUUGUACAGCUGCUUGACUUCUGAGAGGAUAGGAUACAUAUCUCAUACAUACAAAUAGUACUGAAUUAAUAUAUUAAGUCUAUAUUUUAAAAUCACAUUGACCUCUUGUAAUAUUUGUAAUUUGCAGGUUCAGCUGUUCUGACAUUCAAAUAAAUCAAUACUUCAUCCCCCUUUCUCUUGUACUGUGGCACAGCAAAAAAGGAUAACCAAAAACAAAUAGACCCUGAAUUUACUGUGCUUUUCCACAGAAAUUUUCAUAAAAGAUGGAAGACAUGCUCUGAAAAGAAUCCAAAGUAUCAUCCACCAUUCUCUAGCAGCACUACAGAGAAAACACUAAUGUUUUCCUCUGUUAAAAAAAAUGCAUUUCACACAAAACUCUGACACUGAAAUACUUAGUGGCUAUUUAGUGUUGUAUAGAGACUUGGAAAAAAAUUAUAUAAAGCAACUGAGGAUGCUAUUCCGUGAUUAAAUCCAGUCACCAAAAUCCUUCUGUAGAUUUAUACCAGUAUAAGUUUAAUUGUAUACAUUAGAGAGGCAAUGAUCACUCAUUAACAAGUUUCUACUUGCAUUCCUGGAUGUGCACCAGAAGUCAACAAAAGAAAUCUAUGCAGAGGUGGCAGACAAAGAGUCUGUAGAUAAAAAACCCUACCUCCUAAGCCCUGCCAGAGUUCUCUUCCUGUGUUAAAACUGGAGGGGAAAUAAUUGUAACACAUUCCAAUGUAGGGAGGUAGAACUCCAGGGAGCAUGUCAGGAGAGUGAACAGCUCACCUCCCUCAUCUGUACUGACAUGCUGGUGCAACAACCAACCUGCACAAAGACCUUAUUUGCCUGUGGAAAGAGAAGGGCAGUUAAAUCUAUGUUGCUAGGUUGCAUUGAAAAUUGAUUCUACAGUGUCAGUGUCUAGAAUUUGCUGAUUUUGGACACAUAGUCCAAGUAAUUUGGUGGGCAUCAGGGUUGGGAAGGGUCUUCUGCAAAUGUGUUCAUUCCUCUGUCCUGUAAGUUAGCACAAAGACUACACUGAACAACAUGUGCACUUGCCCAUCCCAACAUGCACUGUUGCACAAGACUACACUGUCUGUUAAAGCAUGCAUAGUAUCUGGCAAGAUGUUUUAUUGGUAAAGGAAUUCCAAGAAGGAUGCUGACACUGAGAAGGAAAGAAGGAUGUUCUCUCUGCCUUCUUUUAUAACUAACAGGAGAUUGCUUAGAGCAGGACCAGCCUGCUCUUUUAAAACCUUUGUAACAGUGAGCUGGGUGAAGGGAACACAAAAGACAAAGCAAGAACUACUUAAGAGAAGCUGCUAAGAAAUUGUAAUUUGGAAACAGAAAGAAAUGGAAGGUUUCUAGGUUUCCUCAUGCCAUAGGUAGGCUGGAAGAUAAGUAAACUUGUUCUGCUGGCCAGAAGAGUGCUACCAUUUAUUAGCUAGAAAUAUUUACACACCUCCCUGUGUACAUAUUUCCAGCUAAUAAAUGUUCUACUAGAUCUCUUUGCACAGGGAGUACUCAUCCUACUAUGUUCUUCACACUUCCACAACUAAAUUACCAUCAGAACAGCCGAUAAUGUACAGACUUGCACGAAAAACUUCAGUGCCCUUGUAAGACAAAACAAUGAAUUCAGAAACAUUUAUUUAAAUUUUAGCUACUCCUUCCCUAUUUAAAAGUUUACAAAA